CACAACCCAACCAGUACAUCUCACGGACUUGCUGUCGUCGACCUUUAUCCCCAGCAUCAUCCAGCAGCACCAUGUUCCGCACUGCGAGGGCCGCGCCCGCUAUCAAGCGUUUCGCAGGUCAGAAACGCUUUCUUAGCAUUCAUGAGUAUCAGUCUGUCAAGCUGCUGAACUCUUACGGUGUGCCCACCCCAAAGAGCAUCCCUGCAAAGUCUGCUCAGGAGGCUUUCGACGUGGCGAAGAACUUCGGAACUAACGAGCUCGUCAUCAAGGCUCAAGUGCUCGCCGGUGGGCGUGGAAAGGGCCACUUUGAAAAUGGCUUCCAGGGCGGUGUGCACAUGGUCGACUCGGCAAAGGAGGCUGAGGACAUCGCGGAGAAGAUGAUCGGUCAUAAGCUGAUCACGAAGCAGACUGGUGAGAAGGGCAGGAUAUGCAACGCUGUCAUGCUCGCCGAGCGCCGCACAGCUGAUCACGAGUACUACGUUGCCAUUCUGAACGACCGCGCCUCGGAGUCGCCUGUACUCGUCGCCUCCGCUUCGGGCGGUAUGAACAUCGAGGAUGUAGCUAAGGAGAACCCGGAAGCUAUCAUCACUACCCCUAUCGACUUCAAGAAUGGUCUAUCUGACGAAGUCGCCCUGGGCGUCGCUAAGAAACUUGGGUUUAAGACUGAGUCGACACAGAAGCAGGCCGCGGAGAUCUUCCAGAACUUGUACAAGAUCUUCAAGGACAAGGAUGCUACCCAGAUCGAGAUCAACCCUCUUGGUGAGACCAAGGAUGGCGCUGUGCUUUGCAUGGAUGCCAAGUUCGGCUUUGACGAUAACGCCGAGUUCCGUCAGAAGGACAUCUUCGCCCUGCGUGACGUUACCCAGGAAGACCCAGCUGAAGUCGAGGCGCAAAAGUACAACCUCAAUUUCAUCAAGCUGGAUGGCAACGUCGGCUGCCUCGUUAACGGCGCUGGUCUAGCUAUGGCUACCAUGGACGUGCUCAAGUUGCACGGCGGUGACCCAGCCAACUUCCUUGAUGUUGGUGGUGGGGCUACCCCUGAGACCGUCAAAGCUGCUUUCGAGAUCCUCCUCGGCGACCCUAACGUCAAGUCGAUCUUUGUCAACAUCUUCGGUGGUAUCAUGCGGUGCGACUACAUUGCUGAGGGUGUGAUUAAGGCUACGCAGGAACUGAACCUCAGUGUACCCCUGGUUGUCCGUCUGCAGGGUACAAAGGAGCCCGAGGCGAAAGCGCUAAUCCGUGAAUCAGGUUUGAAGAUCUACCCAUACGACGAUCUGGACGAGGCCGCGGAGAAGGCUUGUGAGCUGGCUCAUGCCGGAUAAAAUGUUCCUCUUGUCCCAUGAAUCCUCCUUACGUUACACAAACCUUUUUGUCCUCAAAGAACAUAUUUAUACCAUGGAAAGAAAUGCAAUGACAACUUUG